CUCCGCCCCGCCGCGCCGGGGGCCCGGGCGGCCGCAGCGCGGGGCGCGGAGCGGCGCGGAGCGGAGCGCGGCGCUGCCGGCGCCCGCCGCCCCCCGGGGCAGCGCCGCCCCCGCCUCCUCCUCCGCCGCCGCCGCGGCCGCACAAAAGGCGGCGGGGCGGGCCGGGCCCGGCGGGAAGGGCUGCCCGGCCGCCGCACCAUGCCCCGCCGGCGGGGGCUGCCGGCCGCCUGCCGCCUCCUCCUGCUCGCCGCCCUGCUGCCGCCCGGCGGAGGUCUCAACCUGUGCACGAGUGGAAGUGCCACGUCCUGUGAAGAGUGUCUCCUCAUUCAUCCAAAAUGCGCUUGGUGCUCCAAAGAGGAAUUUGGCAGCACAAAAUCCAUCACGUCGAGGUGCGACUUCCUACAGAACCUUAUUGCGAACGGUUGUGCAGGAGCAAUCGAAAAUCCUAAAAGCAGCAUUAACAUAGUGAAGAACGUUCCUCUGAGCAGCAAGGGCUCCGGCUUGACCCAUUUGGAUGUUACACAAAUAAUGCCCCAGAAGAUCUCCUUGAAUCUUCGGCCUGGUGACCAGACCUCCUUCAGGGUUCAAGUUCGGCAAGUGGAGGACUAUCCUGUGGACCUGUACUACCUGAUGGAUCUCUCUCUGUCCAUGAACGAUGACCUAGAUAACAUUCGCAACCUGGGGACCAAGCUGGCUGAAGAGAUGCGAAAGCUCACUAGCAAUUUCCGGCUGGGGUUUGGCUCUUUCGUGGACAAAAACAUUUCUCCUUUCUCCUACACAGCACCAAGAUACCAAAACAACCCCUGCAUUGGUUACAAGCUAUUCCCAAACUGUGUCCCAUCCUUUGGCUUCCGCCAUCUCUUGUCCUUAACGGAUAAAGUUGACCGUUUCAAUGAAGAAGUUCAGAAACAGAAGGUCUCCCGAAACAGAGAUGCUCCAGAAGGUGGUUUUGAUGCAAUUUUGCAGGCUGCUGUGUGCAAGGAAAAGAUUGGCUGGCGUAAGGAGGCGUCUCACUUGCUGGUCUUCACGACAGAUGAUGUGCCCCACAUAGCCCUGGACGGGAAGUUGGGUGGGCUGGUCCAGCCACACGAUGGCCAGUGCCACCUGAAUGAAGCGAAUGAGUACAGCGCAUCCAGCCAGCUGGAUUAUCCUUCCCUGGCGCUUCUUGGGGAGAAACUAGCUGAAAACAACAUCCACCUUAUUUUUGCUGUUACAAAAAAUCAUUAUGUGCUGUACAAGAAUUUUACAGCAUUAAUUCCUGGAACAACAGUAGAGAUUUUACAUAAAGACUCCAAGAACAUCAUCGAGCUGAUAGUCAAGGCCUACAAUAGUAUUCGGUCCAAAGUAGAACUUACUGUUUGGGACAGUCCUGAGGAUGUUGGCUUGACCUUCACAGCCACGUGUCAAGAUGGUUUGUCGUACCCUGGGCUCAGGAAGUGUGGGGAUCUCAAAAUAGGAGAUACGGUUUCCUUUGAGGUGUCAGUGGAAGCACGAAGCUGUCCUGCCGAGGACACCUCCCACGUGUUCACUAUCAAGCCUGCUGGGUUUCGGGACACUCUGGAGGUCAUGGUGACCUACAACUGCAUUUGUGGGUGCACUGGCCGGGCCGAGCAGCAGAGCGGCAAGUGCAGUGGGAACGGGACCUACGCCUGUGGGCUGUGCGAGUGCGACCCGGGCUACCUAGGCGCCAAGUGCGAAUGCGAGGAGGGUGCCAACGGGAACAUGUACCACAACAUGUGCCGGGAGAUGGAAGGCAAGCCCAUCUGCAGCGGGAGAGGGGAGUGCAGCUGCAACCAGUGCGUCUGCUACGAGAGCGAGUUCGGAAACAUCUACGGGUCCUUCUGCGAAUGCGAUGACUUCUCGUGUGCCCGGUACAAGGGUGUCCUCUGCUCAGGCCAUGGAGAAUGUCACUGCGGGGAGUGCAAGUGCCAUGCUGGUUACAUCGGGGACAACUGCAACUGCUCCACCAAGACCGACAGCUGUGUUUCCAACGACGGUCAGAUGUGCAGCGGCCGAGGCAACUGCGUCUGUGGGAAGUGUCAGUGCACCGAACCCGGGGCUUUUGGAGAGACGUGUGAGAAAUGUCCCACCUGUCCAGGUGUCUGUAGCACUAAAAGGGACUGCAUUGAAUGCAAGCUGUUUAACUCAGGAAGACUGGCUGAUAACCAAACCUGCCAAAAACACUGCAAGGAUGAGAUCAUCACACUUGUGGAUGUUCUCAAGACGGACGACCAGAACUCGGUCCUGUGCGCCUACCCCGUCAACGACUGCGUCAUGAAGUUCACCUACUCGGAGCUGGCCAGUGGGAAGUCCAACCUCACCGUCCUCAGAGAGCCAGAGUGCGGCUCAGCACCCAAUGCCCUGACCAUCUUGCUGGUCGUGGGGGGCAGCAUCUUGCUGAUCGGCAUCCUGCUGCUGGCAGCCUGGAAGCUGCUGGUCACCAUUCACGACCGGCGGGAGUUUGCCAGGUUCCAAAGCGAGCGCUCCCGGGCGAGAUACGAAAUGGCAUCCAAUCCUCUCUACCGAAAGCCUAUUUCUACGCAUAGCUUAGACUUCACAUUCAACAAGCUCAACAAGUCUUAUAAUGGUACAGUUGACUGAUCAGGCCUCAGCACGUGGGACUGCUGUGGGCAGUUGCUUGACUGUAUUGCUGCUUCCUGACUUGAAGGUGAAAUCCUCUGCGGGGGAGAGAAUACCUUAAAACAGGACUGAUCAGUGGCAGAAGCCUGUUGUUUGCACAGUAAGGAGAAACGGCUGAGUAGCGCUGUAUGAUUCUGGACACACGGACGCGAAGGUGGGCUCGCUGCCUGCGCUCACGGACUCCGAGCAGGGUGAGACUUCAUACCCCAGCUUUCUGGAUAUAUUAAACCUGCCAACUAAGUGAACCAAGUGCCAUAUUGCAGCUUUAGACAUAUCCCAUUAGAAAGGGUGACUAGGCCAAAAUCAGGGGAACCCAUGCCAUUGCAAGUUGUUAGGGGGAAAUUAGCUUAAAAAAAGGGGGUGUUGGAAGUGUUUGUGUAAGAAAAUAGGAUACAGGAGUUCUGCACUCUUUAGGAUUUUUUUUAUAUAAAAAAACAAAAUAAAACUAUUGUGCAUAUAUGA